UUCUUCACCAUACACUCUCGAUCGCUUUGCCUUGCACAUAAAAGCACCGUCCAAAGUUUUCCACACAACAAGCUUAGCUACCAACAUGUCGUACGCCGACGUUGCUGCCAAGGGUCCCAAGCAGAGCCCGGAAGAGGCUCGCGCCCCUGCUCAACCCAUCGUCGAGCGCUCCGAUGACUCCGUCUCCUCUCUCGUUGACGUCGACUCGCCCCACGUCUCCUCCGUCCCCUCCGACUUCGAGCAGCAGUCCGUGAAGACCGAGACCCAGGCCGAGCGCAUCGAGUUCGAGAAGAAAGCCAAGGAGGCCUCCAAGGAAGCCGCCCACCAGGCGGAAGUCGCGAAAGAGAAGGCCAAGGAGAAGGCGAAGAAGGACGCGCACAUCGCUAAGAAGAACGCUGACAACCCUGUUGUCUUGGGCAAUGUUGUAACUGUCGGUAUUCUGGGUACCGUGCUGGGCGUCGGCGCGUACAGGAAGUAUGCCGCAAACGAGCUCACCUGGAAGGUUGUCGGUGCGUGGGCAGGUGUUGUCGGGCUUUUCGCCGUUGGCGACUACUACGUUUCCAACUACUUCUUCCAGAAGUACCCCCCGAAGAAGUAGUUGGCGAAUUUAUAUCACGCCAUCUCCUCUGUCCUGCCCUUCCCUUCCGAUAGAUUCCCACGGCUUUCGAACAGGAGUUCUUGACGGCGGUUUGGAGUUCCCGACGGACGGACGUUUUGCUUCCUUAAUAUCCCCGCGGCACCAGUAUGCGAAUGAAUCAAUAGUCAUCUCUCAUCUCUUUUGGAUGCAUGUUUGAAUUAGACUGUGUUUGUGCGUGCCAGCUAGGGUCUAGUUCUGUGUAUAUAUCGAGUCUACACUUUCUGAAUCCACGA